UAUUAAAAAGGGGUAUACAUUGCAAAGCAAAGAAACUCUCUAGCCAUUGGCUGUUGCUAUGUCACCUCCUCUUCUUAUUCCUGCAUUUACAGAUGACUUUUUAAGGUGUGCACAAUUUCCCACACUAUUUCUUUGUUGACAGCACGUAUACUAAGGAAGGUGUGUAUAGGAUUAGAAAUAGAACAGCCCCCAGACAGCAUAUACUUUUCAUCCUGGAACUGCAACAUCAGGGACAGGAAGCAUUCACAUGUGUGAAAUUCUCCAGCUUCAAGUUUCUCGCAGUUUUGUAGUUCCAAGCUCAGCACCUUUACUCAUGUCAUUUCCCCAGACGGAGCAAAGAAACUAGAAGUGGAAGGAAGCAAGGAACAAACAAAAUCCAGAAAACCCCUCAUCGGUCUGUUUUUAAAGAAGGACCUUGUCCUGUGAGGUGUCUUCAACUGACUUCAGCAGAAACUAGUACAUAAUGGCUGGGGACAAGGUCAAAGAUCUGAGCUUAACGUUCUCCAUGACACAUUCUGAAACAGAUGAAGUGGGCGGAAUUCUCCUUCCAAAAAUAGUGUGUGACCGGUGGGAUCAAAUUUGGAACUUCAAAGCCAGACCUGACGAUCUGCUCAUCGCAACCUAUGCAAAAGCAGGUACAACCUGGAUACAAGAGAUUGUGGAUAUGAUCCAACAUGAUGGAGACACUGAAAAAUGUAAACGUGCCACCACUUAUUUGCGACACCCUUUCAUUGAGUGGGUUCUGCCUGCACCUUUCAGCUCUGAUACAAAUGGCCUGGAAUUAGCAGAAUUGAUGCCCUCCCCAAGAACACUAAAAACUCAUCUCCCUGUACAACUGGUGCCUCCUUCCUUCUGGGAGCAAAAGUGUAAGAUAAUCUAUGUGGCAAGAAAUGCCAAAGACAACCUGGUGUCAUACUACCAUUUCCACAGGAUGAAUAAAAAUAUGCCUGAGCCAGGAACCUGGGAGGAGUUUUUAGAGAAAUUCAUGGCUGGACAAGUGCUUUGGGGGUGUUGGUAUGAUCAUGUAAAAGGAUGGUGGGAAGCUAAAGAGAACCACCGGAUUCUCUACCUCUUCUAUGAAGAUCUAAAGGAGGAUCCAAAGCGAGAAAUCCAAAAGGUGUUACAGUUCCUGGAGAAGGACUUGGAGAAUGAGAUUCUAGAUAAAAUUAUCUACCACACCUCAUUUGAGAUAAUGAAGGACAACCCCAUGGCAAACUACACUUUUCAACCUCCAGCAGUAAUGGACCAUUCAAUCUCCCCAUUCAUGAGAAAAGGGACUGUUGGGGACUGGAAGAACCAUUUCACAAUAGCACAGAAUGUGAAAUUUGAUGAAGAUUAUAGGAAGAAAAUGGCUAGAACCUCUCUGACUUUCCGUAUGGAGCUCUGAGAAGGGGCCAUAGAUUAUUCUCUCUGAUCAACUCCUCUUCCUCUGUGCAGACCUAACUUUGAGAUAAAUAGAUAAGAUAAACUAGCGCCAAGCAGCAAUAUAUGAUAGAGAAUUUGCAGAAGCCCCUCAAAAUCCAUCUCCAAAUUGAAUGGAGCCAGGGUAGGGUGAUUUCGCUGAUGGAAUUUAUCCCCCUAUGCUUUCCUAGGCUUUUUCUUCAUGUUCAUAAAAAUGCUUCUGAAGAACAGGGUUGUGGAGUUUGUUUAUUUAUAACAUUUGUAAAAUUUUAGAUAAUAUCUAAUUGUGACAGCUUGGACCCCUUGGGAGGUCAUCUGAUAUGCUGAGUUGCCACUGAGUCCGCUUAUUCUGCCAGCCUGAGGCUCCUUUACUGUGUCAUUUUGGGCCAAGCUCACAAGCCCUUGGCCCUACCCCAGAGCUCUCACCCUGCACUCCAACUCCAUGUCUCAGCCUAAUGCCCCUUCCCAUUCCCUGAACCCCUCAUCCCCAGCCACACCCUAGAGCCCUCAUCCCCUUCCACCUCUCAAUCCUCUGCCUCAACCCACAGCCUCCACACACAUUUGAAUCCCUUGACCCCAUCCCCCAGUCUGGACCCUCCCAAAACCCUCAUCUCCAGUCUGAUCCCUUAGUCUGCACCCCCAGAGCUCUUUCCCCCUCACAAUUUCAAUUACAGCACAGA